ACGAAGAGACACGUUUUUGCGGUGCCAGCGGGAUGCCGACGGACGACGAAAGCAAGGCCCUCCAAGAAGAUGGCCUCGGCGACGCCGACCUCAAGAUCAUUCUCCUGGGUGACUCGGCGGUUGGCAAAUCCAAGCUCGUCGAACGCUUCAUGAUGAACGAAUACCAGCCACGGCAGCUGUCGACGUUUGCACUCACGCUCUUUCGAAAAGAAUUUCCAAUGGACGAUGGCUCGACGGCCAAAAUCGACAUUUGGGACACGGCAGGCCAAGAACGCUUCUCGAGCAUGCAUCCGUCGUACUACUUUGGUGCUUCGGCCUGCAUCUUGGUCUUUGACGUCACGCGCAAAACCACGUACCAGCAUUUGGCCGAUUGGUACAAGGAGCUGCGAGAAUACUGCGAGAACGUUCCUUGCUUUCUGGCAGCCAACAAAAUCGACGUCGACCUCGAAGUCACGAAUAAAAAGUUCAAGUUUGCCGAGACGCACAACCUCGGCUUUCACUUCGUGUCGGCUGCGGACGGCACCAACGUCGUCAAGAUCUUUGAAGAAGCCAUCCACGCGGGCCUCAAGUACAAGAAAGAGGGUGGGGACUUCAUGGCCGACGUCUUGGACUUGCUCAACGAACCGCCGCGCAAGUAAAUCAUCAAACUGCAGUAGCCGCAGUUUCUUGCCUCGGCCAUAUGCCCAUCAAUACAUCAUGCGCUUUGUCCA